AUGCGCAGAGCGAUACUCGUCGCAGGCGUGUGCUCGAGGCUGGUCAUCGCUGCGCGACAGUGCCGGCUGGUGCUUCCCGCUGAUCUGGAGGCGUCUCCGUCUGUUCCGUCCGUUGGAGUGAACUCGUCCGCUACGGCCACCGCGACUGGGACCGCUACCGCGACGGCUUCUGCGAGCUCUGCGACUGCGACGCCGUUUACGGCUUUCAAUUAUGGCAAGACGCCGAUUCGAGGCGUGAACUUAGGCGGCUGGUUUGUGCUUGAGCCGUGGAUAACGCCGAGUAUAUUCAUAUGGACCAAUAACUCGAACGUGGUGGAUGAGUACACCCUCGGCAAAGUUGUCGAUAAUGAUGUUGCGCUUGAUAUGCUGCAGCAGCAUUGGGAGACGUGGAUAACGGAGGAUGACUUCGAGGCUAUUGCUGCGGCGGGACUCUCUCAUGUUCGAAUACCAUUGGGAUACUGGUCCAUCCCGACCAACAACUCCGCCUCACCAUACAUCCCUGGCGCAUGGCCCUACUUCCUCCAAGCCCUCAAAUGGGCUCGCGCACACAACGUACACGCUAUCGUCGAUCUACACGGAGCGCCAGGCUCGCAGAACGGAUACGACAACUCCGGACAACGUACAGGCAGUCCGCAAUGGGCUACCAGCCAGUCGAAUGUCGACGGCGCGCUCGAUGCGAUACGGGUGCUGGCGAGCGAGGCAGGAUCGAUGUUAGAUGGGAUCGAGCUGUUGAACGAGGCGGCGGGGUUCUUUGGGGGCGUUUGGCCGGGCGUUAUCAAGCAGUACUUUUUGGAUGGGUAUAACGUUGUGAGGGAGGAGGCUGGAGACGACGUUCAGGUUGUGAUUGGUGAUGCGUUCGAGGGCGUGGAUAACUGGGAGAACUUUCUGAACGGCGAUAACGCGACGAACGUGUUCAUGGACUUCCACGAAUACCAGAUCUUUAGCGACGCCGAACUCUCACGUACGCAAGACGAGCAUAUCCAGUAUGCAUGUAACACGAUCCUUCCGAACCUAGACGGCUACGCGAACGGCGGCAGCGGGUUACGAACCGUGAGCGGCGAAUGGUCAACAGCCGUCACCGACUGCGCGAAGUGGCUGAACGGCCGUGGCGUUGGCUCGCGCUGGGACGGGACAUACGGUGACGGAAACGCCGUGUUGGGCAACUGUACGGGCUAUACGGGCGACAUGAGCUCGUUCUCCGAUAGCUACAAGACGUAUCUCCGCAAAUACUGGGAGGUGCAGGUCGAAGUCGGAGAGCGCGUUCAGGGGUGGAUAUACUGGACGUGGAAGGCUGAGAAUGCGGAUGAUUGGAGUUAUCAGAAGGGUCUUGAGGGGGGAUGGAUACCGCAGGAUCCUACGGACAGACUGUACCCGGAUAUCUGUGACUGA